UGCUGUAUAGACUCAUUAACCUUACUCCCUCUCCCUCGCGGCCUCGCCGCUCACGGCUCACCUCAGUCGGCACGACACCCUGCAGCAGCAGCUACCCUCUCGGCCUCUCCCUCUCCCUCACGGCCUCACCGCUCACCGCAGACGGCACUACCCAGCGCCAGCAGCAGUUACCCUCUCCCUCUCCUUCACGGCCUCACCGCUCACCUCAGUCAGCGCUACCCAGCGCCAGCAGCGGCAGCAGCAGCAGCAGCAGCUACCCCCUACCCUCUCCCUCUCCCUCACGGCCUCACGUCAGUCGGCGCUUGACUCGCAGGCUCGCCGCUCGCAACACUCGCCACUCGCCACUCGCUCAGUCAUGGCCUCAGCUCAGUCGGCGCUGACUCCAUUAUUUUGGCUAUUAUUCAAUUUCAAUUUCAGAUUCAAACCUCACGGCCUCAGUGCCUUCCUCUGAAUCAUUAAAAAUAAAUAAAUUAUUUUUUUAAACGAUCUAGACCCAUUUAUUAAACGGACGGUCACCGAUAAUAAACGGGUCAAUUUGAAUCCGAAUCCUUUUAAUCCCUACCUAUUUUAUGACCCGUAUCGAUCCGACCCGUUAACCCGUUUUUCACCCUACUGGCCAAGUUUCUUCCCUUUCGUUCCCAAAGCACUAUUGCUGUUCUACUUCUUCUUCUUCCUCCCCGAGCUGCGGCCUCCAUCACAUUCUUUAAACCCUAAACUCAAUGGAUGCAGAAGACACAGUCAAGAGUCCAAAUUGCGGAAUCAGCGACGAAGGGGAUGAAGAAGACAGAAGGAGCAGUGCAGUCUCGGCUUCUAGGAGAAAAGCAAUAGAGCAUAUAAAGCAACUGCAAAGGCUUCAGGAAAAGGAUCCUGAAUUCUACCAGUUUUUGAAAGAACAUGAUAAGGAGCUUCUGGAAUUUAAUGACGAGGGCAUUGAUGAGGAAGAUCAAACUUACAAUGAUGAUGCAGAAAUUCAAGAAGAUGAUGAAGCCAAUGCAUGUGCUGUGGAGGAAUUAACUAAUACUACUGAGGAGGAUAAGAAACCAUCUAAUAAUGUUGUAACUUCUGCCAUGGUUGAUUCCUGGUGCAACAAAAUUCGGGAAAGCAGAAAAUUAAGUGCUGUUCGUUCCCUUUUGAAAGCUUUUAGGACUGCAUGCCAUUGUGGUGAUGAUGAGUCUUCCACGAAGAGUGGUAUGAUCUCUAGCAGUGUCUUUAAUAAAGUAAUGCUGUUCGUUCUUAGUGAAAUGGAUGGGAUUCUUCGAGGAUUGUUAAAACUUCCUAGUUCUGGGGGAAAGAAAGAGAUCAUAACAGAUUUGAUGAGUACAAAACAAUGGAAUAUUUACAAUCAUUUGGUGAAGUCAUAUCUUGGAAAUGCACUUCAUGUUUUGAACCAAAUGACGGACUCAGAAAUGAUAUCAUUCACAUUACGGCGUCUCAGAUAUUCAUGCAUAUUUUUAGCUGCUUUCCCUGCCCUUUUGAGGAAGUAUAUUAAGGUUAUUCUGCAUUUUUGGGGAACAGGAGGAGGUGCACUUCCUGUAGUCUCCUUUCUAUUUCUCAGGGAUAUAUGCAUUCAGCUUGGUUCUAAUUGCAUAGAUGAGUGCUUUAAAGGAAUAUACAAAACCUAUGUUGUGAACUGCCAGUUUGUAAAUGCAACGAAAUUACAACAUAUUCAGUUUCUCGGUAAUUGUGUUAUUGAACUUAUUGGGGUGGAUCUUCCGGCUGCCUAUCAACAUGCCUUUGUAUUCAUCCGGCAGCUGGCAAUGAUUUUGCGUGAGGCACUUAGUACGAAAACCAAGGAAGCAUUCCGAAAGGUUUAUGAAUGGAAGUUCAUGAAUAGCCUAGAGCUUUGGACUGGUGCUAUUUGUGCCUAUAGUUCAGAAGCUGAUAUAAGGCCUCUUGCCUACCCUUUAACUCAAAUAAUAUCUGGGGUUGCCCGUUUAGUACCAACAGGUCGAUACUUCCCCCUCAGACUGCGGUGUGUUAGAAUGCUUAAUCAAAUUUCUGCUGCCACUGGUACUUUUAUACCCGUUUCAAUGCUCCUUUUGGACAUGCUAGAGAUGAAAGAAAUGAAUAAGCCUCCCACUGGAGGUAUUGGUAAGGCUGUUGAUCUACGUACAAUAUUGAAGGUAAGCAAACCAAUGUUGAAGACGCGAUUGUUCCAGGAGGCAUGUGUCUUUUCUGUGAUUGAAGAACUUGCGGAACAUUUGGCUCAGUGGAGUUAUUCUGUUGCAUUCUUUGAGUUGUCUUUCAUUCCAGCUGUGCGGUUACGUAGCUUUUGCAAAUCCACUAAAAUUGAGAGGUUCCGCCGAGAAAUGAGGGAACUUAUUCGUCAGAUUGAGGGCACUUCUAAAUUUACAAAUGCAAGGCGCAUGUCAAUUUCUUUUCUACCAAAUGAUCCUGCAGCAAUAUCUUUUCUUGAGGAUGAGAAAAAAUCAGGUUCCAGUCCCUUGUCGCAAUACGUUGCAACUCUACGCCAAAGAGCACAGCAAAGAAAUGACUCAUUGGUGGAAUCCAGUGUUGUCGUGGGUGCGCAUUCUGCUGUCCUGGGAAAGCACUUAUCAGAAAGUUACAAAGAAGAAAACAUCAGGAAUGAAGAAGGUGCUGCUGUCUUUAGUUCCCCUUGGAUGCCAGGAAGCGAUUCAAAGACAAAGCAUUCCAAGGAGGAGAAAAAGAAGAAAAAGAAGAGAAAGGGUAAGGAGAAUGAGCCACAGCAAGAUGUAGCUUUAUACGAAGAUGUUCUGGAGGACUUGGUCCUUAGUUCAGAUGAAGAUGAGCCAAUGAGUGAGACUCCACUUGGGGUGAAAGAUGCCAAAGCAAAACCAUUGCCUUCAAAUCAGCAUCGAAAGAAGAGUAAAUCUUCCUCAGAUUUGUCCAAAAGGAAUGUACAGAUUAAUGGGAAAAAGUCGAAGAGGAAGAGGACGAGAGAGAGAGCUGAUUGAUGGACACAUGAGUAGGUGCGUUAGAUUCUGGUGUCUUAAUAUGUUUUAUCCGUUUUAUCAUUAUUUUUCAUUAUUUACUACUAGUUAAAUCCCCUUUUGAGUUGGGGAGUUCAUGGAGAAUGGUCUCCUUCUGAGGAUCUCAUAAGCUGCUGAGUCUGUUUUGUACGAGAUCCUCAUCAUUUGUGUCCAAUGUGAAUAGAGGAGGUAUUAGAAUCGGACAAUAUUGCCAUUUGAGGCAUAAAAGCCCAUCCUCACACCUUGGUUGGCACUCUCACAUCCUUCUUGUGUUUACUAAUUCAAUCUUUUAGGAAUGGUGGCCCAACUUUAGUGGUAGUGUUCACUAAGAAUGAUUUCCGUCAUGUAUGCCCCAAA